AUGCGGGAUAGGAUACUUACAAAAGUACAAGCAACAAUUGGAUUUAUUAGUGGUGUGACUGCCCCCAAGUUGUUUAAUCAUAAACGAAUUCAUACGCCACAAGAUGUAAUUGAAGAUAUUCGAGCAAUAUAUGGGGUUGAAAUAUCAUACCAGCAAGCAUGGCGUGCUAAGGAACGUGCACUGGAAAUGCUAAAGGGUAAACCAUCAGAAGGGUAUAAGCAGAUGUCGAGAUACAAAUGGAUGCUAAAUAAUGUGUAUCCAAAUUCAUAUAUAAGGAUGCAAAAGACGGAAAAUAAUCAAUUCAUGUAUCUUUUCAUAGCAUUGAGGCCAUUGAUAAGAGGGUUCGACUAUUGCAAAUCAAUAGUUGUAGUAGAUGUUGCACAUCUUGGUGGGGCUUACAAAGGUACUUAUGUAUCAGCGAGCACACUCGAUGGUGCAGGUUGCAUAUUGCCGUUGGCAUAUAGUGUUGUAGACACUGAAAAUGACUGUUCGUGGACAUGGUUCUUCGAACAAUUCAAAAAUACAUUUGACGAGCGUGAAAACAUGUGUAUUGUAUCAGAUAGAAAUGAAAGUAUUAUGAAGAGUGCAUACAGAAAGGAAGAUUUUGAUAAAUUAAUGGCUAAGGUGGUGAAAGUUGAUCAUAGGGUGAAGGAUUACCUUGAGGAUGCUGGGUAUAAGAAGUGGUCAAGAGUUCAUUCAAUAGUAAACAAAGGUAGAAUGAUGACUUCGAACAUCGCAAAGUGUAUCAAUGGUUGCCUUGUUGAUGCACGUCGGUUAACUAUAAUAGACUUCUUGGAGGAAGCUAGACUUCUAUUUGGUAGUUGGAACUAUAAAAAUAGAGAAAUAGCGUCCUAUACAAAGGACACAUUGGGCCGAAGAUUUGAGGAGGUAUUGAUUGUAAAUGCAUCUAAAAGUUCAAAGAUGAAGGUUGUUCCAUCGUCUGAAUAUAUUUUUUUAGUUUAUCAAGCCGGAAGAAGAUACAUUGUAUGCCUUGAGCGAAAAUUAUGUACGUGUGGAAGAUUUCAACAUGAUGAGAUACCUUGCGAACACGCAAUUGCAGUUUUGAAGCACAAGAAUGUUACGGAUAUGCAUCCAUUUUGCUCUGAUUACUACAAGCCGGAUGCAUUAGAAAAAACCUACGAGGUUGCAAUGGUUCCAAUGCUAGAUAAAGAGGAUUGGACCGUUUCAGACUAUGUUUUAGAUGAAAUUGUCUUGCCACCUAGGUAG